UUCUUCUUCUCCUAUAUUUCCGUUUCCUUUCCCUUUUUAUCUUUCUCUCUAAAUCUCCGCUAAUUUUAGCGGAGGUCCUCUUGCUCUGGUUUUUUGACUAAAACCCAAAUACCUCUUUUAUGAAAACCAAAAAUCAUCCCUUUUUCAGUUUAUGGCUUUGUUUGGGGCUUUCUUGGAGAUUCUUGAAAAACCCACAAUUGGUGGGGGUGUGUUUGUAGAUAUGAUGAUGUUUCUUGUUCCUUUGUGGAUUGCUUUUCUUGUUGGGAUUAUGGUGGGUUGGGUUUGGAAACCCAGAUGGGCAAUCUUAGGUUACAAUGGUAAAUUCAAUUGUUCGCCGUUUUCGUCGUCUCUAGCUGCUGUUAUUCCUUCCCCAGUUAAGGGUUUUAGGUCUUGUCCAAUGGAAGAUGGGGUGGAUAAGGAACAAGUUCCUGUGCCAUUCACUGAAGACACCAAUUGCAGUUCAUCGCAGCUCAAGAAAGGAGAGAGUAGUGUUGUGACAGAGGAGGAUUUAGGACAUUUAUGCCAUCUCAUCGAUAGGAAAGAUGGUGGUCCCCCUUGGAAACAUAUAAUGGAUUGUUCUGGCGCUGGUAUGAGCUACCAAGCAUGGCAAAGGGAUCCAGAGACGGGUCCUCCUCAAUAUUGCAGCAGAACUGUCUAUGAGGAUGCCACGCCUGAAUUAUUAAGAGACUUCUUCUGGGAUGAUGAGUUUCGAUUGAAGUGGGAUGACAUGCUUGUACACUCUACUACGAUAGAAGAAUGCCCCAUCACAGGAACCAUGGUAGUGCAUUGGAUCCGAAAGUUUCCCUUUUUCUGUAGUGACAGAGAGUAUAUCAUAGGCCGUCGAAUAUGGGAAUCAGGACGGUCAUAUUACUGCGUGACAAAGGGAGUGCCCUGCCUUUCUGUUCCUAGGCGUGAGAAACCGAGACGUGUUGACCUUUACUAUUCAAGUUGGUGCAUUCAAGCAGUGGCAUCGAAGAAAGGGAAUGGCCAGCUGACUGACUGUGAGGUGAUACUUUUUCAUCAUGAGGAUAUGGGCAUCCCAUGGGAAAUCGCUAAAUUUGGAGUAAGGCAGGGGAUGUGGGGAGCUGUCAAGAAAAUUGAGCGCGGUUUCCGUGCUUACCAGAAGGAAAGAGCAUCUGGAGCACCACUCUCGCGGUCUGCAUUUUUAGCUCAGGUCAACACAAAAAUUAAUCCAGUUUACUUGAAAUCCUUGGAAAGCGCUGAAGAUUCACCAGAGACUGAAGUGCAGGGUUCGCCCGAGAAGCGAGGAGGUCUGAACAUACCGAAGUUCUUAGUUUUUGGUGGGGCUGUUGUCCUUGCUUGUAGUCUUGACCGUGGCCUCCUGACUAAGGCCGUUAUUUUUGGUGUCGCCAGAAGGUUUCCAAACAUUGGAAGGAGAUUAUAGUUCUGCGAGAUGGGGCUGGAACCAGGUCCAAGGAUUUAAUUAAUGACUCAUUUUUAUUUUUUUCCCUACUCAUUCUGAGCUUUUUGUCACUCUUCUCUCACAGAAGUUGAGAGUCUGCACUUCUUUCUUUAUUUUAUUCUUCUUUGAACACGAAAACGGAACCUCUGUAGUUACGUGAAAAACAACAUAUUGUUGUAUUUAUUGGAAGAAUAAACUUUUGUUUUAGGUUAACAUUGCAGCUCAAUAACACUCGGUGCUGUGUUUCUUUACUUGUAUAUAUUGGAAGAAUAUUUCAACUA